AUGGAUAGGGGCACGGGGUCGGACGAAAUAACUACUCGCACCCUACCACCAGGGAUGCUGGCGGUAAGAGGGGCGGUCUCCGACGUGGCGGCGUACAGGUCGUCAUUCCAUCCGACCGAGAGGCCCGCGGCCGGCCGACCCACGCGCCCCAACUCGCACGUAAUUCUUGUUCUAUCCAACAGAACAAAACCACCGCCUCCAACCCGCGCCCACCGCCUCGCCACAUUAACUCGCGCCCCCUCCCUCCCCGUCGCCGCCAUGCCCGCCGAUGCCAAGCCCCGCGCCCUCCUCCUCGUCCGCCCGCUCCUCCUCCUCUCGAUCCCCUUCCUCUCCCUCCUCCUCCUCUACGGCUACUCCUCCUCCUCGGCCCCUCCCCUCCCCGACGCCGCGGCCGCCCGCGCCUCCCCGCCCAACCCGCACAUCCGCAUGCGCCGCGGCGCCGCCUUCCGCUCCUACGACGACUACCUGCGCCACCAGCUCAACAAGACCCUCGACCCGCGCCUCCGCCGCGUCUGGGCCACCCGCGACUGGCGCCGCAAGGUCGACGCCUUCGCGCGCGCCUUCCGGGCCCUCCAGGCCGAGGGCCUCCUCUCCAACGCCUCCCGCGCGCUCUGCGUCGGCGCGCGCCUCGGCCAGGAGGUCGCCGCGCUGCGCCUCGUCGGCGUCUCCGACGCCGUCGGCAUCGACCUCGCCCCGGCGCCGCCGCUCGUCGUCAGGGGCGACUUCCACGCGCAGCCCUUCGCCGACGCCGCCUUCGACUUCGAGUUCUCCAACGUCUUCGACCACGCGCUCUACCCGGACCGCUUCGUCGCCGAGAUCGAGCGCACGCUGCGCCCGGGCGGCGUCGCCGUGCUGCACGUCGCGGUGCACCGCCGCGGGGACAAGUACUCCGCCAACGACCUGCUCGACGUCCACGGCCUGCUCGCGCUCUUCCGGCGGUCGGAGGUGGUCAGGGUCUCCAAGGUCGACGCCUUCGGCCUGGACACCGAGGUCGUCCUCCGCAAGAAGAGGUCACCCUAGCAACACACACCACCAUGCAUCCAAACCCAAUUCUCAAACCACCACACAAUGCAACUUGCAAAGAAACUGAAAUCUUUCUGUGUACACCGGGCUUUCUGGGUCGAUUUGUUACUGUAGCUAGGUAGUUGAUUCUUUGGUGGGCACGCAUUGCAUACAUCCAUUAUUCUUGUGCUUACCUAGUAGGAAUUAUUAUUUAUUACAGACAAGAUAUGAGAAUUUUCGAAGUAAAAGAAGAUGAAAGGGAAAAAGCAGUGAGUAGGUUUUCAGCUUGCCAUCUUUUCUGGA